CACCUCUCCAUCCAUCUAUCAUGGGUCGCCUCCGCCGUUCUCGCGCGCACCACGCCCGGCGCGAUGUACACCGUGCGGCAAGGACAAGAGUCCGCUCGAAGGACCUUGACCAGAUUCAGCUUAUAGACUUGGAUCCCAAGAACCGUGCCAAGCUAGAGGCCCAGGAGCUCGACUACGAAAAGCCCGGUCUCGCGCAACAUUACUGCGUCGAAUGCGCAAAAUACUUCGAAACCGACGCCGCCCUCCACACUCACUGGCGCUCCAAGCUCCACAAGCGCCGGUGCAAGCGCCUUGCAGAACCGGCCUACACCAUCGAGGAAGCCGAGGCUGCCGCUGGUCUGGGACGCGAUACACGGAGAGCGCGCGCAGUGCCGGAGGCAAGCGCGGAGAUGGAGACGGACGCGGCACCAGCUGCUGGCGGGUCAGCAUCAUAAUGUGCGCUUGUAUGCUUGUCUGUGUUCAUGUCAUUAUCGCCUGUGGAUAUCCAGCUCUCUUCGAUCUGUAGCCUUUCUGUAGCUCUAUCUUCACCUCCUGCAUCCGACCGAACACGAACAACACACGCAAGCCAGGAUCGUUCAAUACUUAGAAUUAGAUCACUACACUUCACAACACAUAAAGACGAGGUCAUAAGGGUAAGUCGUAAGUACAUGGGCAACAC